AUGUGCAGCGGGACGCCACCCAUUGACGUCCAGGCCCUGAAAAAGAAGGUCAGCAGGGUGACGUGCGACCCCGGGGUGCAGGCCAUCCUCAGCAACCUGCUGCUCUAUGUCACUGACCAUGAGGUAGGGCCCCAGGGGCCUCCUCCGGCCACGGGGAGCAGGGCGAGCCACGCGCCAGAGCCCCAGGACACGCAGCGGCGGCCCACGCGCUUCCAGCUCCUCCAGGCCAAGUUCAUGGGCUCUGGCCGGGAGCCCCGCCUCAAAAGGACCAGGGAGGUGGGGAGGCUGAUCUUCAAGGACAAGCAGGGCCCCGGAAAGGGCCUGGUGACGGCCACCAUCCACAAGCUCCUGGAGAAGGCCGGGGCGGGAGCCGAGGGCCCAGCGCAGGGCCGGGAGCGUGAGAAAGCCCGGCCCCCCGCCGGGAGGAGCUCUGUGAAGAACAUCCUGAAGGCGUUCUUGGCUGCGGAGGAGAAGGAAGCUCAGGAGAAGCCUCUCUCGGAGCUGCCCAAGGCCGCCAAGGGCCUCCUGCCCAAGGUAGGGGGCAGGCGAAGCUUGGCGCUGACCAAGCUGCAGGAGAAGUUCGAGCAGAGCGGCGGUCUCUGCGCCGAGGCCGCGGUGCUGCCCCUGCGCCUGGACCAGCGGAAGAAGAAGCACCUGCCCCAGAAGCAGCUGCACCGGCCCGAGCUCCGUGUGCUCCGCACGGCCACCUGGGCCAGUACCUGUGUCCGGGCACCCCCCGCCCGCUUCCUGGCCUGCUCGGCCGAGCCCGUGCUCCCCUGCAGCAUCGCCACCGUCGUCUGCGGCCCCCGGAGCUGGCUCUCCCGCGGCGCCAGAGUCACCCACAGGGAUGUGGGCCAAGAGCCCCGAGGAGAAGCAGGCACGUCCCUCCACACAGGAGCGAUGGCGCCCAGUGGGACACAAGUACCAGGAUGGGGGCAGCCCCCGCAGCCCCCCGCACCCCGGACGACCGCUCCCAGGGACAGCCUGGACACCGUGUUCCCCAGUUCGGGGCCCGAGUUCAUCCUCAGGGCUGCCCCCUCUCCUGCCUCCCCCAGGGAUGAAGCCCUUCGAGGCUGUGAGCCUGUGACGGCCCCACUCGGGCCAGCCAGCCCAGGGUGCGCCGGGGCAGCAGGGGGCAAAAGGACGGGGGAUGCCCCGGGGGCGAGGGGAGCAGGCCUGGGCCCAUGGCCGGGGCUUGUGGGGGAGGGAGCAGGGGCUGCCCCUGACGUCAUCCUGAGGGCCUGCUGUUCGGAGGAUGAAACCGAUGGAGCGACAGCAGACACAGAGCCAGAACCCCUCUUCGCCAUCCAGGAGAAUCUCCCCGAAGAGACAGCGCCAGGGCAGAUCCCUCCGCUUGCCGUGCCUGCUGCCCAGGCCGCGCGGCGCACACAGCCAGCCAUGGAGCCCCCACAGGUCACGGUCCGACUCCCGGUCGUCCACACAAUGCCGCCCCCUCCCACCACCCCGCAGAGGGCAAACGGUCCCCACGACCAUCGAGACCAAGGCUGGUGUCCUCAAGGCGGGUGUCCCCAAGGCAGGCGUCCUCAAGGCAGUGUCCCCAAGGCAGGCAUCCUCAAGGCCAGUGUCUCUGAGGCAGGUGUCUCUGAGGUAAGUGUCCCCAAGGCUGGCGUCUCUGUGGAAGGUGUCCCCAAGGCAGGUGUCCCUGAGGCAGGUGUCCUCAAGGCAGGUGUUCCCAAGGCUGGCAUCUCUGAGGCAGGUGUCCCCAAGGCCAGUGUCUCAGAGGCAGGUGUCCUCAAGGCAGGUGUCCCCAAGACCAGUGUCUCUGAGGCAGGUGUUCCCAAGGCAGGUGUCUCUGAGGCAAGUGUCCCCAAGGCAGGUGUCCCCAAAGUCGGUGUCUCUGAGGCAGGUGUUCCCAAGGCAGGUGUCUCUGAGGCAAGUGUCCCCAAGGCAGGUGUCCCCAAAGUCGGUGUCUCUGAGGCAGGUGUCUCCAAGGCAGCUGUCCCCAAAGUCGGUGUCUCUGAGGCAGGUGUCUCCAAGGCAGGUGUCCCCAAAGUCGGUGUCUCUGAGGCAGGUGUCUCCAAGGCAGGUGCUCCCAAGGCAGGUGUCUCUGAGGCAAGUGUCCCCAAGGCUGGCAUCUUUGCGGCAGGUGUCCCCAAGACAGGUGUCCCUGAGGCAGGUGUCUCCAAGGCAGGUGUCCCCAAGGCAGGUGUCACCAAGGCAGGUGUCUCCGAGGCAGGUGUCCCCAAGGCAGGUGUCCCCAAGGCCAUUGUCUCUGAAGCAGGUGUCCUUGAGGCAGGUGUCCCCAGAGUCGGUGCCUCUGAGGCAGGUGUCUCCAAGGCAGGUGUCCCCAAGGCCAGCAUCUCUAAAGCAGGUGUCCCCAAGGCAGGUGUCUCUGAAGUAGGUGUCUCCAAGGCCAGCAUCUCUGAGGCAGGUGUCCCCAAGACCAGCAUCUCUAAAGCAGGUGUCCCCAAGGCAGGUGUCCCUAAGGCCAGUGUCUCUGAAGCAGGUGUCCCCAAAGCAGGUGUUUCUGAAGCAGGUGUCUCCAAGGCCAGCAUCUCUGAGGCAGGUGUCCUCAAGGCAGGUGUCCCCAAAACCAAUCUCUCCAAGGCAGGUGUCUCCGAGGCAGGUGUCCCCAAGGCAGGUGUCCCCAAGGCAGAUAUAUCUGAGGCAGGCGUCCCCAAGGCCAGAGUCUCUGAGGCAGGUGUCCCCAAGGCAGGUGUCCCCAAAACCAAUCUCUCCAAGGCAGGUGUCUCUGAAGCAGGUGUCCCCAAGACAGCCGUCCCUGAGGCAGUUCCCCCAGGGAAACCACAGAGAUGUGGCCCUGGAGGACAGGAAACCAAAGGCAGCCCUGGGGUGUCACUCAAACUGCAGAAGCAUGAGGACAUCUGGGGACAGGAUGCUUCCCAACUAAGUUCUGAGGCUUGGCUGCCAGAACGGCUGGACAGGUGGGCCAGGGACGCCCGCACCCCACCACAUCAUUCCGAGCCCUCAGAAAGCCAGCAGAGGGGCCUCGCCAGCUGUGCCCCUGGCGGUCAGCAAGCACCAGUGCCCGAGGCCCCCAGUAGGGAGCACCAGACGGACAUCCCCACAUGGCCAGCAUCCCCAGCCAAGGGCAGGAUGAAGCCCGAAGGUCUGGCUUCAGCGGAUAAGAGCCCCCUGCAUGAGCAGGGAAGACACAGGGGGCCCCUGUCGUCACCAGAGUCGACCUGGCCCCUACUGGCCGCUGAAGGGAGCGCCAGCCAUGACCUUGGUGAGAACAGAGUGACCUCCUUAAAUGAACGACCGAAGCCCAGCGUCAGAGCCCCUGGGCAGGCGGCGGCUGCAAAAGCCCCCCAGGGUCCCCCAGCCCCAGCGACAGGGAACACCCUGCGCCCCCAAGACAGGGCGGCCGAAGAGCGGGCCUCUCGACAGGAGGUGGGGCGGGGCGUGCAGCCCCCAGGCCCAGCUCUUGUGGCCAAGGAGCCCGCUGGCCUGCCCCGCGGCCACCCCACAUGCAGAGCCUCAGGGUCGCUGCCCAGCCCCCGGCAGGAGGCCCUGGGCGCCCCAGGCCUGCCUGUCGAGCCCCCUGUGCCUGCGUCAGGUGAAUGGGCUGCAGGCAAAACGAAGGGGCCCACGGGAGGUGGAACUGUAGGUGCCAUGAAGUGGAGCCCUUCGGGGGGCAGCCCUGAGCCCCCAACUCCAGCCUGGGAUGGCCCAGCCCCACAGGGAGGCCACGCUUGGGGCGCGAGGCCAAGGCCUUUGGAGAACCAGCAGGCGGAGGGCGGGGCGCGCCCCUUGUCUGCAGAACAGCCUCCCCUUGGCGCUGGGCCUUCCCGCCAGCCUCCACCGAUGUGCACAGCAGCAGGAGGGCAGCGGGUGGACGGUGCAGCCCAGGAGCACCCGGACCUCCGGGCGCCUGGGGAAGUCACGGCUGGGCACAGGCAGCUGCCAGGAGCUGACCUGGGCAGCAGAGGAAGUCCUCGAGGGCGUGAGCAGGGAGGGCGGGGACCCGUGAGUCUGGACAGUCCCGGGAGGAGGGGAGAAGCUGCUUGGCGCCAGAAGGCCGGCUGGGGUGGAGCAGAGGGGGCUGCGAGCCGGGCCCUGGACGAGGCUGCAGCCCCCGAAGAGGCCACCAGCCUGCACACUGGGAAAGGCCCAGAGCGCCCCGCGGGGCAGCGGGGGAGGGGCACAGAGGGCCCUCCCCGGGGGCAAGGACACUGGGGCCAGGCUGCAGUGAGCCAAGCUCCUCCCUGUCAGGGAGCCCAGCGGGCUGGGCACAGGCCCCGCCCAGCAGGGUGGUGCCUCUCGACUUGGCCCAGCCUACUGGCGGCUCAGCAGAGGUGGCACCCGCCAUAGGCAAAAGUGGGGUGUCCCAGAGACCAGACCCCAGAGGCGGCCAGUGUGGGCCUGGAAAACCACGUGGGAAAGGGGAGAGCCUGACGGCCCCCAGCCCCCAGCCAGGGCAGGGCCCCACGGCGCCCCUCACCCCUGCCCAGGAGAGGCCCCCGGACCCCGCCAGGGCAGGGACAGGCACACGCGGACGCGGACAUGGCGCAAGGGCGGCUCACCUGGCCAAGUACAGAGCCCAGAGCUUCAGCGACCAGAGGUCCUUCGAGCUGUCGUUUAGACCGAUGGUCAUCAGGGCCAACGACACGUUCGCUCUUCCAAAGUGAGGCCCUGCCCGGAACGGCAGGCCUGAGCCCCCACAUCCGCUCCUUCCUCCAGGCGACCUCGCUCUGAGCGCUGGCACCUGUGUGGCUUCCUCUGUCCCUAAGUGACCCUGGAGGAUGUGAGCCCCAUGGCCAGCACACUCUGGCCAUGUUGGUGACACGUCGCCCACACCUGGCGUGCUCACUGGCAGCCGCCAGGCUCACACCUGACUGCAUAGAGCAGGUGUUUAGACUUGAACCUUUGGUGCUGAACUUCCUGUGUGUCUGUCCCCUCCCCUUUGGGGGCUCCAGCUUUGGGGGUCACUGGCCCCUCUUGGAUCGGACACAGUGGGGUGGUGAGUGGCCCUAAGUAGCCCAGCUCAGCCUGGAAGCCUUGGCCGAAGGCUUCUGUUGGAUGUAGCAAGUCCCAGGCAGGCCCGCAUCCCUGACCACCUGGCCGUGUGACAGUCAAGGGGACGCUGGGAUCCCGGGUCAGGCCCCUCAGUCCCUGCUCAGGAAGGCCGGACCAGGGCCAGCAGACGCGGGAGGGGAUGCUGGAGUCCAUCCAGAUGACAGGGACCCUCAGACCGUCAGAGGCCGUUUCCAGCGUGCAAUUCCACGGAAGCGUUUGCUCAGAAACUGGGGAGGAAAGGAAGCUGUCACCAGCCUCCUGUCUGUCUCUGUCAUCACAGCAGCCUCCUUGGGGCCUGCAAGUCCGGCUGGGAUCCCGGACAGUAGCAAGGGUCCCCCUCUGGGCCUGCUGCCCUGCAAAGCACUCGGGCUUCCGCCACUGCUGAGACGGCGCACUCUCCGUCUGGAAUGUUUGAAUAUUGUAGGAGCAUAAAAGAGGAAACAAACCCCGAAACCCCAUGGCCUCAAGGUGACGUUGCCCUGUCUCCACGUUCGUUCUCCAAGCUUGGCCUCAGCCUCCAUCCCGCAGCAGACACGUGGGCACGGCCGUGUGAGUCUCUGAACCUUCGUCCCAGAGCAGCCACGACACGGCCUGAAGUCCUGGCGCGUGGGGCUCAGAGUGAGGGGCCGAGGGCGUCCAGGCCGAGCCAAGUGGGGCUCUCCCCUGCCCGCUCUCCUGCGGAGAGUGGAUUCUGCUUUUGAGGAGCCGUGAUGGCUGCAGUGCCAGGUGCCGGCCCGCCUCUGCUUUUCCGACUUCGUGUUCAUUUGGAGACAGGACAUUUCUGACCCGAGCUGUGAUGCUGCUGAGUAAGCACGGUGACCGAAGUGGCCCUGAGCUCGGCAGGGGCUCGAGGUCCUGCAGGCUGGCUGUGCUGUGUCCAGGGCAGGGCUCGUUCGAUGCCCCCUCCCCGGCAAUUAAUUUCACACCCAGCAGAUCAGAAACUUCCUUCAGGCCAAUCCUCAGCGUGUCCAAGGGCCCCGGGAGCUCCUGGGAGGAGCUGGGUCCCUCCAUAGUGCAGGCUGGGGCCCAGACACGACACUUACCAGCACACACAGUGCUCCCAUGUCCAGUAUCUGGGCACCUGGGUGAGGACCCCAGCUUCCGGAAUGGGGAGCCAGGGGCAGGCCCCUCACCUGCUGUGUUUCACUCCCACCAGUUGAGAGCCAGUGUAGACAGGACUGAGGGGCUGGCUACGGGCCGGCCCACCUGGAGGAGGGGGUCAGAGCACAUGGGCCAGGAGUUCCUGGUGCCCUUGGCCCUGCGGUUUUUGGGAAGGAUGCACCAGACUUGGGGUUGGCCCCCUGGUGCUGCAAAAGCCAGGAGGCUCAUGAGACUCCCACAGGGAAGGGAAGCGGCAAAGCCCCCGAUGCUGGGCCUUCUUGGUUCCUGGAUUCCACCUGCUGGAGCUGGAAGGCGACCUCCCGCUACUGCACUGGAGGCACCGUCUUCAUUUACACCCUGCUCUGGAAAGGAUCUGAGGCGGUGUUUGGCAAAGAAGGUGAUGACAGAGGAGAUAAAAAUAUAUUCACUGGGUGUUCCCUUUGUAAAAUAAGAAGCAGGAGGGUUUUGUUGCUAUUUUUAAAUAGACCAGAAUGUCCACUGGAGAUGCAGUGCGUGGCACCACCUCAAGGGAGGGAAACGUGACCAGAAUCUGGCUGAGGUCGCAGUCUUGUAGAAGGCGCACCCGGGGUGCCCGGGACAUCGGCAGGUGCAGAGCGAGUUGGUGCCCUGCACGCCGAUUCCACACACACAGCUGAGGGUUACCCGUGCCCCAGAGGGCACAGACCCAACAACCCUCGGGAAAGACUAGGGUGAUUUUCCGGGUGUCAGCCUGCCUCAGGCUACACUGACCGUGCCAGUCGGAGGACAGCCAUGGGAGGAAGUGUUGGCACCACAGGUGAGGCUGUCUUUUCUACAAAAGGAAGACUCUCCGACCGUCCUGGGUUGAAAUAACUGUUGCAGGAGCAAGGGGGAUACCAGAUGGCGGGCACUUUACAUAAAACCCACAGCAAAGGGGCAUUUACGUUGGUGUUUUAGUUGACACUCACCGUCUCGCGUAGCUGGUCCACGGCCACCUGGCUUCAGUCUUUCACGACUGCGACUGUUCACAGACUUCUGUGAGUCACGCGUGUGUGCGUGUGGGACGCAGGGAGAAAACACCCGCCAGGUUCACGAGAGAGUGUCUUUGCUUCAGAUGUUCCUUCAGGAACAGCAGCAUUCGGAAGUUUACAAAUUCAGCAUCACCUUUUUUUUUUUUUGCUUUUUAGGGCCGCAGCCAUGCAUAUGGAGGUUCUCAGGCUAGGGGUCGAAUCAGAGCGACGGCUGCCGGCCUGCACCACAGCCACAGCAACACGGGAUCCGAGUGGCAUCUGCAACCUACACCACAGCUCACGGCAACGCCAGAUCCUUAACCCACUGAGCGAGGCCAGGGAUCGAACCCGCAACCUCAUGGUUCCUUGUUGGAUUUGUUUCCACCGCGCCCCAGCCAUGACGGGCGCUCCGGCCAUGAUCUUCUAGUUAAUAUGCGAUUUGCUGUUGAUCCAAUCUUCCUUCUCUCAUCCUCUUCUGUAGGCAAAUAAGUAUAAAAGGAUUCAUUAGACAAAAA